GUGUCCCUCAGAAAAGCCCAUUAACGCAGACUGACACUAGUCAUCUGCAUGCUGUGAUGAAGGCAGCAUCAGCCAGUGGUUGAGAGAGGCAGCUCCGAGCAGAGGGGCGGGGAGGGGGCGCAGCCGGAGCUUACAUUCAUUAACGACCACCGACAACCGGGAAGCCUCCUCCGGCAGCAGAGACGCGUUCACGGACAGACGGACACACAACCGGGGAAGAUGGUCGCGGUGCAGACGUCCCCUAAUCUGUCUCCAUCGGCGGAGUGGAUCUGCUGUUUGGAUAAAAGGCCUUCAGAGCGUUCAGGAGAAGAUGUGGACAUCAUUCUGACCAGACUGAGAGAGGUCAAAGCCUUCCAGAGGUUCCCUCCACCACUGCUACUGCAGAUAUGUGCCACUGCCUUCUAUGAAUGCCUGGAGAAAGGCAUCACAUUGUUUCGACAAGGUGAUAUAGGCACCAGCUGGUAUGCUGUCCUGUCCGGUUCCCUGGAUGUCAAAGUGUCAGAAACAGCCAACCACCAAGAUGCAGUCACCAUCUGCACUUUGGGGAUUGGUACGGCGUUUGGGGAGUCCAUCCUGGAUAACACACCCCGCCAUGCUACCAUUGUCAGUAGAGAGACCAGUGAACUGCUGCGCAUCGAACAGAGGGAGUUCAAGAGCCUCUGGGAGAAGUAUCGACAGAGCCUGGCUGGACUUUUGGCCCCUCCUUAUGGAGCUAUGGAGAGUGGAUCCAACAAUGACAGACUCACAGAUAAAGACAACAUGAACUCAGACUCUGCAAACAAAGUUCACAACAAGAUUCCCUCAGAAAAGCUACAGAGAGCAGGGAAGGUUCUUCGCAAUGCCAUCCUGUCCAGAGCCCCACACAUGAUUCGAGACAGGAAGUACCACCUGAAGACGUACAGACAAUGCUGCGUCGGUACAGAGCUGGUGGACUGGCUGGUGUUGCAGAGUGCCUGUGUUCUCACUCGGUCCCACGCUGUUGGGAUGUGGCAGGCGCUGCUAGAAGAAGGAGUCCUUAACCAUGUGGAUCAGGAGCUGGGUUUCCAGGACAAGUACCUGUUCUACCGUUUUCUUGAUGAUGAGGAGGAGGACACACCCUUGCCUAGUGAGGACGAGAAGAGGGAGAGUGAGGAAGAGCUGCCGGAGACCAUCCUCUUCCUCGCUCAGAUCGGCCCGGACGCACUGCUGCGCAUGAUCCUCAGGAAAUCGCCUGGUCAGAGGACAGGGGAUGACCUCGAGAUCAUCUACGAUGAGCUGCUUCACAUCAAGGCCUUAGCUCACCUCUCCAACACUGUGAAGAGGGAACUGGCGAGUGUUGUGAUCUUCGAGUCACAUGCAAAAGCUGGAACCGUGUUGUUCAACCAGGGAGAGGAGGGCACAUCAUGGUACAUCAUCCAGAAGGGCUCCGUUAACGUGGUUAUAUAUGGCAAGGGUGUGGUUUGUACGCUGCAUGAGGGUGAUGACUUCGGGAAGUUGGCCCUGGUUACAGAUUCGCCCCGUGCUGCUUCCAUCGUGCUAAGAGAGGACAACUGCCACUUCCUUCGUGUGGAUAAGGAGGACUUCAACAGGAUACUCAGGGAUGUGGAAGCCAACACAGUGCGUUUAAAAGAGCACGAACAAGCUGUGCUGGUGUUGGAAAAGAGUCCACGCGCCUCCACACUUGGAAGCAUCAAGUACACUGUGAUAUCAGGAACACCAGAGAAGAUUCUUGAUCACUUUCUGGAGGCUAUGAGGAUGGACAUACAUCACAGUGAACCCGACCCUGCAGUGGAUGAUUUUGCCCUCAUGCAUUGUGUCUUCAUGCCAAACAGCCAGCUGUGCCCUCUGCUCAUGGCGCACUACCAUGCUGCGUCUCCGCCUGGGUCUGAGCAGGAGAGGUUGGAAUACGCAGUCAACAGUAAGAGGAGGGCCCUCAUUCUGACCCUCCGCUGGGCUAGUGUACACACAUACCUGAUACAAGAGGAGCCUGCUACAGUUUCCUUCUUGGAGGAGUUGUAUGGGAGUUUAUCCAAUGAUUCCCGGAUGCUCAGAGCCCUGAAAGACUUGGUUCCUGACCUGGAGAAAAUAGUGAAAUUACAUUCAGAAGAAGCCAAAUCCAUAAAAAAGAAGACCCUAAUACGACAGUUCAGCAACGGGGAGGAAAGGCUUCAGAAGAAACAGCCCAUUAGGAAUCAAGAUGACAUCCUACUAAAGGUGUACUGCAGUGAUCACACAUAUACCACCAUCCGGGUCGCCGUGGCUGCAACAGGAAGGGAAGUGAUCAGCGCUGUGACAGACAAACUUGGCACCACUGACGAGCUCCUACUGGUCCACCUCAACUCUGCUGGAGAAAAAGAAAUCCUGAAGCCUAAUGACGUGUCAGUAUUUUCCACUCUGAGCAUCAACGGACGAUUGUUUGCAUGUCCUCGAGACCAGCUCAGCGGUCUGACUCCCCUUCCAGACCAGGAGGGCCCCACUGCAGGCUCUAUGUCAACAUUUGAGUUGAUGAGCUCUAAGGACUUGGCUUAUCAAAUGACCAUGUUUGACUGGGAGCUCUUCAGCUGUGUCCAUGAGCAUGAGUUGCUCUACCACACAUUUGGCCGGCAGAGCUUCAGAAGGACCACGGCCAACCUGGACCUUUUCCUGCGGAGAUUCAACCAGGUCCAGUUGUGGGUGGUCACUGAGGUGUGUCUAUGUGGACAACUGAGCAAGAGAGUCCAGCUCCUCAAGAAGUUCAUUAAGAUAGCAGCACAUUGUCGGGAAUUUAAGAACCUGAAUUCUUUCUUUGCCAUCAUCAUGGGGAUGAGUAACCCUGCUGUCAGCAGGCUGAGCCAGACAUGGGAGAAACUCCCCACCAAGUUUAAGAAGUUCUAUGCUGAGUUUGAGAGCAUGAUGGACCCAUCUAGAAACCACCGGUCCUACCGACUUACUGUUACCAAACUGGAACCGCCAAUCAUCCCCUUUAUGCCCCUUCUCCUUAAAGAUAUGACGUUUACACACGAGGGCAACAAGACGUUCAUUGAUAAUAUGGUCAACUUUGAGAAAAUGCGUAUUAUAGCCAACACGAUUCGACAAGUGAGGCAUUGUAGAAGCCAACCGUUCAAUCCCGACAUAUGCCAGCCCAAUAAGAACCAAGCAGAGGUGCGUGGUUACGUCAGGAAGCUCUGUGUGAUCGACAACCAGAGGGCGCUGACACAGCUCUCCUACAGGCUGGAGCCUCGACGGACGUGAGCCUCGUAUCUUCCACCACCGUCGCCUUCUGUGUGACAUUAGCAUAAAACAACCACACAUUACCUGGAUAAAAAUAACUCAACACCACUGGAUGUUCGGUAGCAAUUCACAGUGACUAUUCCAGACUUCGAAUCAAGGACUCAUACUGUGCCAUUAAAGCCUCUAUUUCCCGGACAGACAGACAUUGUUCUGCUGCUGUUGUCGCUGUGUCUCAGCCCCAGACUAAUACUGUACUAGUUGUUGCUGUUUCGGACCUGUUAGAUAGAACUGUAAUGUAUAGAACUUGAUUCAAUAUCCUGCAUGACUGAACUUCAUAGGCUUUGUGUUCUAUACAGUGGAUUUCUAUCUGAGUGUCCUGUAAUGUUGUGCAACCCCCCAAAACGAGCCCUAGUUUACAAUAUUCUACUUCUGUAAAACAAACUUUACUCUCCUGAUCAUCAUACUCAUAGACACCACAG